AGUUUGCGUGUAGUCCUUACGAUGUCACAUUGAUCUUUGGGGAGAUGAUGCUGUCCUUACUGCCCCGUAGCGGAGUGCCUCCAUCGCUUCGCUCCCUUCCAACCAGGCAGCCAACUCGCCACUACUUCUUGGCUGGAGCUGUGGCUGCAGCGGCGGUUCCUUGGGCAUGCGCCAGGAUAUACCAGCAACCAAGCCAGCGGCCUCAGCGUCGCUUGCUUUCAAGAUGCGAAGGCCAAAGCUGCUGGCCGAGAACUCUGAACUCUUUCUUUUUUUUAAACCCUUGACAUCUAUUGGCCACGUCUCACAGGUGGAGCGACGCCCAGUGGUCUGCGAAUUGACUUCUGUGGUCGACCCGCCAAAGGAUUCACCCCGAUUUUCUACUCGGACCCCGUCACGAACACUGCCUCAGUGAAUGCAGGAGAUUACAACUUGUAUGUGGGAGGCGGCUCCAUCAACCUAGCUUUUGCUAAGGAGCUUGGUCAAAAUCCAAAGUCCAAUGGCUACAAGGAGAUGCACGAGGCACUUCUCGCGGCUGCUGCAGAUGCUCCUGGCCGUUUUGUCAGUGGUUCCAACGUGCCCGAAGCUGACAAGAUUCGAGCGCAGCUGGGCUUGUUGGGCUGCUUUGCUAGAUUGCCUGAGGGAAGAGCAAAAGGAGAUUUGGAUCCCGUUGGCGCGGCUUUCCUUGACAUAUUUGGGACGGAGCGGCCAUUGAGUCAGAAGAACGUGGCCAUGUUGUAUGUGGUUGGCCCAAAAGGCACUGGUGCUCCUGGAGGGCAUGGCCCUACCAUAGAUUCCGCUGCACAGUUCCUAGAGAAAGUGGCAGAGAUGGCGCAGAACGCCCUUGCACUUGUCGCUGCUUACAAUGAUCAAAUUGAGGAUUGCAAAUUGGAGAUGCCAAGAAUUGAAACUCUUCAGUUUUGCUUGGUGUCUGGUGGAGUCUAUAUGCAUCCUGAAAGCACCAAGAAGGAUGUGGCGAAGGCCAUCCUUCAGGGGUUGCAGUGCGGAGUUCAUGGCAAGGCACUUCCCGUUGUGCGCUUUGCGUACGACUCCCACUGCUUUGAGGAUGCCGCAGCUGAGAUGUCGUAACGGGCAGAGGCUGAGAUGUAGUGCAUCGAGGAGUCCAACACGUCGUGCCGGUCUUGCGGACACGUUUGGCGUUUGAUCGGUUCUCGUGGACAUCAUGAGUGUGCAGCUGGUAUGGCAAGCCUCCUUGACAUGCUCUCCGAGCAGCAGUCCAUCUCCAUGGCAGUGGUGAGCAGUCUCACAACACUUAUAAGACAAAAAGGAGCGUUGGAACAGAAAGCAGGGCAGCAUGUGUGAUGGAUUCUUUU